AUGGCCCACUUUGCUCACAACAUUUGUCCGGCGUCAUCAACAGGUCCCGAGUACUGGAUGCGCCGAUACCUGCUUGACCUCCAGCGAAACCCGUCGCCCAUAUACUCCGCCGGGGUGGAGGCGGAGAACGUGUAUGUGUGGGCAGCGACCAUCACCGGUUCGCCGGGAACUCCCUACGAAGGGGGUGUCUUCUUUCUCCGCAUCAUCUUCCCUCCGGAUUUCCCAUGGAAGCCACUGAAGGUGCACUUCCGGACCCCCAUCUUCCACCCCAAUGUGAGCCAUCGUGGCAACAUCUUCCAUCCGAUGCUCAUGCCUGAUACAUGGUGCAUCGCGACAUCUGUGGCCCAGAUGCUGAUGAGUCUGGCCUAG